AUGGUGUGGGUCAGCAGCAGGUGGAUCAGUGCCCAGCGGAGGCCGGAGUCCGCAGCAGGUUGUAAACGGGUCAGUUUCCUGCAGCGGACAGUGGGACUGGAAGCAGGAAGGGACCGCGAGGGUGUGGGUUGUGUGGAGGCCGAGGAGGAGUCACUGGGGAAGCACUACUGUUGGAACUAUACCCAUAAAGUAAACCCUCAGUCUGACCAGAACCACCGAGUUUCUACAGAAGUGAGAGUCAGGGCAGGAAGGAGCUGGAAGGAGCAGGACGUGACUGACGACCCACCGCUGGGAGACCGCUCCUGGAAUGUCUGGGGUGGGAUGAGAGACAUUUCUGAUUUGGCACGUGACGAGCGUGAUAGACACAGAGCAUCUUCCCUGAGCUCUUCUGCGGCCGGAGCCUGUGUGUGUUUUAGCCACAUUCCUGCAGCCCAGAGCAGCGUAAAGGCCGGUGGCCCCUUCACCACGGGUGCAGCAGGGGGCGGGAGGCUGAUGGAUGGAAGAGCAGAGCUGUGA